AUGCAGAGGCUUUCGAUAGACUCAUCAUCAGCUUUGAAGCUCCAUAGCUAUGGAGCACGGAAGGACGACACCUAUGAUAUCGAUGACUUGAAGCGGAAAGAAUUAGCCUCCUCUCCACCUUCUUCUUCCUCGUCCGCGGCAGAUUACGACGAUCACGAGCUCAAGGACUUUAAGCCGCGACGGUCAUCGCUGCAAUCGCCUUUCGUAACGACGCAUCAGAAACAAGAGAAACUCGUUCACUUCAUUCCCGUUCUCACCCUCCUCUGCUUCAUCAUUCUCUAUCUCUCCUCUCACGCUCCGUCGCAAUCAGAUUUGGCUCAGUUUAACGGAUUCAUGCGUCCUUCAAAGCAUCUAGAUUCCGAAGAAAAUGGCGAUAUCUCUGGAUUUAUCAGUGCCGACGCAUUAUCAAUCCGUAGUAGCAUAAGGAACCUGCAAGAUACAGAGAGCUUCGAGGCGAAAUCGCUUCCCCGUCGCCGAACAUCUCACCGGAAAACCGCCGACUUCUAG